UCAAGGACGAACAUCCCGUAUUUUGCGUUACUUAAAAGUUAGACAUAAAUUUUAACAAUAAACAAUUUCUUAAAAAUUCCAUAAAAGGAACAAAUAGCAUCAUUUACAAGAGAAACUUUCAGUUUCAAAAGUAAUGCAUUGAAAUCGUGAAUCUUAAGUUGUGAUAUUAAAUACACUCUCUGUUCAGUAAUGAGUAUUGAAGAAAAAACAUGUUUUGAUGUGGUAAAUCAGAUGAAACAAAUUUGACGUCAUGUAAAGUAAAGAUUAAAUAAAGUCAGAUAACGCAUAUAGAAAUGGAUGACGCACGUAAUGAUUAUAAUCAAAUCAAAUUUAUAAAGUGUAAUGUAAUACAAAGGUGACAAAUAUUUUCUAAAUUUUUAAUAAUAUUUUGAAUUAUGGCGAAGAUGAAAGAAGAUCAACAUCAAAAAAGUGCAGAAAUUAUUCGUGAGAUGUUUCUUGCAAUUAAUGAAGAGUUUUUGAACCGAGGUGUAAAUUUAAAAAGUUUAAAAAAAAUGGCCAAAUCUAGAAAUCAUGAAACUUUUAAAAAGUAUUCAAUUUUUUAUCCAUUUUAUUUUAAGAAGUAUAUUUUUUAUAUAUUUAUACCUUUAACUUUAAUGAUAAUUAUUUAUACUCCACAAAUGAAUAAUAUAACGCAAUAUAUUUAUGAAAGACGAUGUCUUAUUCCAAAUAAUUAUCUAGUAUGGGAAUUUACACGACCAGUAUCGGAUUGUAAUUUCUGUAAGGGUAUUGACUCAGCUUUAAUUUUGCCAAAUUUAACAAGAGAAGAGUUUAAACCAUACGCUUAUUCUUCAAGACCUAUUGUAAUAAAAGGUGCAGCAAAGUCUUGGCGUGCUUCCAAAGAUUUUAGUCUUAAAUUUUUCCACGAUCUUUAUGAAAGUAUAGAAGGUGCUUAUGAUUCCUUUGAAGAGGAGUGCCAAUUUCUUCCUUUCAAAAGUAACUUUUCGUCAUUAAGAGACGUUCUAACAAUGAGUGAUCGUCGUGCUAGAAACGUUUUAAAUGAGUCUUCGUGGUAUGUGGGCUGGAAAAAUUGUCAUCCUCAAGUGGUAGAAAUAAUGAAAGAAUAUUAUGAAUCACCGAAUUUCUUCCCACUCGAUGCAGAAAUUCCACAAACAAAUUACAUUUUUUUGGGAUAUCACGAAGGAGCAUUGAUGCAUUUAGAUUACAUUCCACGUCUUAUGUGGCAAGGACAGAUCAUUGGAAAGAAGAUAUGGACGGUUGCACCAACACCUGAAUGUGAUCAUAUUUGUAGCAGUUUUAGUUUUUCGGUAGAUACAGGCGAUAUUAUUUUAUUAGAUACUCGAAUAUGGUAUCAUAAAACUUACGUUUCUAAUGAUCAAUUAAGUCUUACAAUUACAUCAGAAUAUGGAUAGAAUUGAAUGUUUUUUCUCUUGAGUAUGCAUAUUAUGUACAUA